AUGGCUGUGGGUAAAGGAACGAAGUUUUCUCCACCACAUGGUAUCACAAGCUCUUCUUCACAGAUGAACAAAACCGUCAUAAGAAAACAAAACAAGUCGAAAGAAGGAAAGAAACUCCAGGAGUUUGAAGUCUUUUCUAAAUUCGGGGGUCUCACCUCUAAAGACAAAUUUACACAAACCAGCCUCUUCGGCAAUUACGAAAACGCUGCUUUGCCCCGGAGUAAGAUUCGCUCAGCCGUGGAAAAACCACCGCGAAUUCGCAAAAAGUCAGUACACACAGAGGCGCUUGAUGCUCGAUUAUUACAGAGAGAGGAAGAAAACUUAGAUUAUAAAUACGUUUUCGUUGGAGAAACCGACCUUGAAAAAUCUACCAGAGAACGUUUAUUACGGGAGGUAAAACAACAGAAUUGGAUUGACAGCGAGAGAUCAUGUCAUUACGAGAGCCCGCCAUCGACCCCGAGUAUUUUAGGAAGGAAAAUGGGUGUCGCAGCACCUCUCCAUGGCACGCGCUUGAAAAGUGGAACUUUAAUCAGCUUUGCCCCUAGAGUACAAUACUGUGAUCGAUUGGUACACGUAGGCAAGGAUGAGUAUUCGAAACAGUUCUGUGAUGUUCUUGGUCCUGACCUGUGCACUGACUGUACCAAGUCUCAGAUGCAACAGUUUGUUAUCGACGAACACAUCCGAAGUUUUCCAGACAUUUGUGUUUCGCCAUAUGUUUUGUGCGUCCCGCAAGAAACCGAAAGAGACCUCAAAACCCCAUUCUCCGUCUACAAGGAAUGUGACCCACUGCAACGCAGAAGACCUUCACCUGUCUCUUUAACCCACCACCUUCAAGGUCGCAAAACGCGUCCAAAUAGUUGCUCUAACGAAAAAUCAAGAUCACACGACUCUAACUACGCUGCUGAUUUCAUCCAAAGCGAGAGCCAGAGCAGCAGUUUGCCCUUAGAAGUUCGACUUUGUGCGAGGUCACCAAUUUCGUCGAUCUGUAGUUCUCGAAGAUCAAGUAUUACAAGGUUCUUGAUGGAAUCAAAAAAUAACGAAUUAUGCUCGAAAGGUGAACAUUCAGACGAAGACGGAAAAAUGGAUGUUUUUCAGACCUCACUGCGAGGAAGGAUCUCACCUGCGUUUCGCAGUCCCAUGGCUGACUAUAAUGAUGGAGACGAGGGCAGUUUCGAAGCUAACUGUUUCAAUAAAAGGGGCAGGAAACCUCAUUCUUCCUCAGGGCUAAACAUAGCAAGAUCAAGAGGUUCCAUGUGCAAGACUCCCUCUAUUGAAAGAACUGGAAAGCUCCGGGAGUUACCUUACUGGAAGAUUUUGAUACCUGAGCCACCAAUGAUGGAAGUUGGGCGGAUGAAUGUCAGCAUUUAUACUCCAAAGCAAAUCCCAGGAAUCAAGAUUUUUGAUGAAAGAUUUUUUGAAAUUUGA